AUGCAUUCUAGUUCUCUUGCAUCCUUUACAGAAUCGGGUAACGGUGGUUGCCGAAUUUGCUACAUGCUGUACCGUCAUUUUUGUUCAGAUUCCGAAUAUCAGGCUGCAGAUGAACUGAUCGUCACUUAUCGAAUUACUCCCGCUUUCGAUAUCUUUGGUAGCCGGUCCGCCAACAUUGAAUUUAAGUACACGAAUUUGGUUGGUGGGUACGCUCGCAAAACCUUUGAACUGCUGGACGUUGACGAAUUGCUUUCCAAAGGAAUUAUAUCAAAUAAGCUGACGCUUCUUGAUGAAUGUGAACAAGUUUCGAUCACAACCAUAUCAACACAGCAGAGAUUGAAGCAAGCAUGGACCUGGCUCGACAACUGUUCGGCGACUCACGGCUCUUGUAAUGCUAGGCUUUCUGACAACGUAUGGCGGCCAAGUCGCUUGAUCAAAAUCCCUGACGAUAUCGUUGGACUCAAACUUCAACUCGUAGAGACUGCUGGUUCUCGAUCUCUUGGGCCUUACCUCACUCUCAGUCAUUGCUGGGGUAAUGCUGAUUUUUUCCGGCUGACAACUCAUAAUAUUGAAGAACUCAAAGCUGGGUUUUCCGUUGACGUAUUACCGAGAACAUUCCAAGACGCGAUGGUAGUCGCGAAAGGGCUGCAAUGCGAGUACAUAUGGAUCGAUUCCCUAUGUAUUAUCCAAAACUCAACCGAGGACUGGACUCGGGAAGCGAAACUCAUGAGCAAAGUCUACCAGGGAGCAAUGUGUAACAUUGCUGCUACUUGGGCAAGUGAUAGCUCAAUGGGGCUAUUUCCUGGCCACUGCCUCGAACCUCGACCAUGUAUGAUUGAAAUCAAGGAAUAUGGAACAAGGACUGGAAUGUUCCAUAUCUGGGAUCGCAAUCAUUGGCUCAAUGCUAUUGAGUUGGCGCCGCUCUUAAAACGGGCUUGGGUUGUACAAGAGCGAUUGCUAGCAACGCGUGUUCUUCAUUUCGCCAAAGGUGAAUUGUUUUGGGAAUGCAAUCAAGAACGGCUAUGCGAGACUUAUCCACGGAAGAUGCCCGAUCUUGGUACUAUUGUUUCAGAAGCGCUCAUUAGACCUGACGGUAAUUGGUUGUCUAUGAGUGAGAGAGAGGAAAUGUGGAGGUCAAUCAUAGGGACCUAUUCUGGCGCACAGUUGACAAAGCUCGAAGACAAGGAAGCAGCUCAUAUACGUUCUACACCAGUUGAGCAUUCUGCAACGUGGUUUCCAACAUGGUCAUGGUUGUCAAUAAAUUGUAAGGUGGAGACAUUCAAAAGGCCGCGAGAAGCCGAAUUUCCGGAACAAUUACAAGAACUUUACGCGGUAGACCUUGAAGAUCUAUCUCUUGAGCGAGCAGGUCCAAGUCCCAUAAGCCCAAUCGUUAAACGCUUUAUCCGGUUGAGGGGGAUAUUGACCCAAGUAGUUUGGGAAGAUGUUGACCUUUACCACGGGCAAGUAAGACUGGACUUGUCUGUGCACCCAGGGCAUGUGACUGAGGGACCGCGAGAGAUUUACGGCAGACUGGACUAUAUAAGAACUCCCUCAAUGCACGGGAGGUCGUAUUGCUGCGUGGUGAUUGCAUGUUAUGGCAUUCGGACGAAGAAGUUUUGUGGGCUCGUUCUAGAACUCGUACGUGAAGGUGUUUACAAGCGAGUUGGUAACUGGAAUUCAUACGACCCCGUCGUUAAGACACUUAUAUCCAAAAGAAGACGUGGCCAGCUUGGAAGCUACAUUGCAGAUGCCUCCAGAGAAUUAGCAACGUCCUACAAGAAAUACCCUUUUGAAGUACAUUACUCAGAGGACGGAUGUACGACGAAUAUUUCACGCAAGGCAUCACCUCGAGAACUACAAGAGCGGGAGGAUGAUACCGAAGAGGUGGUUUUCACUAUCAUAUGA